UUACUGAAAGCCAAGAGGUACAGGGACUGAAAAAGGAUGGCAGCUCUUGACAUAUAAAAUUGAUAGGGCUUCUGUUGGAAGAAUCAACCACAGAAAUCAACAAGCUCUUAGGGAAAGGAAGACAAAAAGUAUAUCCUUCACUGGAGGUCAUUCUCUACCUCAAGUUAAUCUUUUAUGCAAUAUCUUGGCCUAUCACAUUUGUCCUCUAGUAAAAAUAAAUAGGUACUUUUUUGGGUGAAAAUUUCUGAGGUCCUAAAAGCAACAAAAGUACAAACAGAAUAGUGUAGAAAACUGAAGUGGCAUCAGUCAAGACUUAGCAAUUGAUAAAAAUGCUUCAAGUUCAUAACAUUUGAUGCUAUUUGAUAAAAUUAGGCCCGUUCAUUUUCAUUCUAAAAGUUACCACAAGCUAGCCUUAGAAAGACUGUCAUCCUCUGCCAUCAGGUGCAGUGUUAUCAACCAUCCAACUGGUAUCAUGAUUCUAUAAAACAUUUUACACUUAACCUCAUUGCCUAACCAAAAACAAAAAAAACUAUCAAAACAUUUUACAUCCCAAAGCAAAGCUGAUAGGGACUGUAUUCAGCUGAAAAUAGAAUUGAGCCUAGUAGGCCAUUUAUUAAAAACAGAAUGUCCAGAUUACAAAUAAGCUAGGUCUAUCUGAUCUAAUGUCUUAUUAUUUUCAAAGCAUUUGAGUAACCUGAAAUCUUCACCACCCAGUUUAAAACUGUCCGAAAGAUAAAAGUAUUUCUUAGAAGUAUCUUCAAUACUUGUGCAUAAAGAAUUGCCUUGGAAUUCAAUUCACUUUUAUCAAAUUUUAGCGCAGUGGUACAAGUAAACAAAUGAAUAAAUAUCUUAGCAACUGGGGGAUCAAGAAAGAUUUGCAAUAGAGGAGUGUUACCUGAACUGAACUUUGAAGAAAGAUAAUUCUGAGUGGUGGAAGUAAGUUCAUUUCAUGCAAGAGAGACUCUGGAGAUGUGAAAUUGGAAGAUGGGAAGACUGAGUUCAGAAACUGCUAGGAAUCCAUUUGGCUGAAAUAGAGACUUCCUAAAGGGAAGUAGCAUGAAAUAAGAAUGGAAAGGUAGGUAGGAUUCAGACAAUGAAAGGCCUCAAGUAACUAAGAUUAAAAAUUUUACUUUGUCUCGGAGGCAGUGGGAAAGCACUGAAAGUUUUUGAGCAUGAAGAUGACAUUGGCAACCUUGGGUUAUUUUGGCUACUAGGAUAGUAGGAAGACUGGAAGUAGGAAGACCAGUUAGGCUGAUGCCAGUGUAGGAGAGAGAUGAGUGAAUAAGGGUAAUACUGUGAGUGGAGAGAAGGGGAUAGAUGAGGGAUAUUACACAAGUUAAACUGACAUGAUUUGGCAAUUUCAUUAGUAGAAUGAUGAUUCCCUCAACCAAAAAGUUUGGAAGAACAGGUUUAAGGAGGAAGAUAACCAGUUUUGUUUUUGAUAUGCCAACAGGAUAUCCAGGAGGAAAUGUUCAACAGGCAGAUGACACAAAGUUCCGAGUUCAAGGGAUUAUGUUUGGACAUAGAGAUUUGCAUAAAGAUGACACUUAAUCUACUCCUGUAGGAGCAGAUUAAAUUAAUCCAAUCCAAAAAGUAUUUACUAAUAAAUACUAUAAGAAAGGUGCUGGGUAUACAGAGACAAAAGGAGAAAUAGUCCCUGCUCUCAAGGAGCUUACCUUUUACUGGGAAGCUACAAAAUGUAAAGAGAUAGAUUGGAGAAUGCAAUGAGGUGUCAUUUGCUAGUUUCCUCAUUACACAGACACAUACAAGAUAAUUUGAGGAGAGUGAGCAGAGAGAGAGGGGUUAAAAAAACACUCUUCAUAGGUGGUGGUACCCGAGCUGAGCCUUGAAAGAAGUCAGAUUCUAAGUGAAAAAGUAGGGUUGCUUGCCUGUACAAAAAUCGAAAGAAAAGACUAGGAUCUGCCCCAGGAAAAUGCCCCUUCUAGAAAAGAGGGCAGGAGACAGAAGAUGACCCUUCCGAAGAGAUCGAGUAGUAGGAAAGGUAGCAGGGCCGGGAGAAAGCAGUGUUGCAGAAAUCGGCAGUGGCAGUGGAGACGGCAAUCAUUUUUCAGUGUUUUUAUCCCCACGAGAACAACCCCGCGCUCCCUGCUCUCCCCGCCCCCCCUAAAAAAGCCAGGGUGGAGAGUAUCCUAGAGCUGGCAGAGCUGGUGUCUCUUUCGAGGCCCGUCACAACUGUCCCGACCUCGCUUGGCGCUUUUUCUCAGUUCCCUUAAUCCCACCCGCCCUGUUUCGGCACUCCGUGGCCCAGAGCCCCACGCCGGCGGGCGAGUCCUGACGAAACAAAGGCCAGUUCGGGGCCGGCCUCCGGGGCGCAGGGGGCGCUGUGCUCCAGGCCACGGGCGCCAAGGCCGCCUCCGGCGCGUCCAGCGCCGGCUGUGAGACAGCCGCGAUGAGCUCGGACGCGGCGCUGCUUCUGGAGGCGGCUGACUUCGCCGCCAGGAAGCAUCGCGAGCAGCGGCGGAAGGACCCAGAGGAGACCCCGUACAUCAAUCACCCCAUCGGUGUGGCUCGAAUCUUAACCCACGAGGCGGGAGUUACGGACAUCACGGUUCUGCAGGCCGCCUUGCUUCACGACACUGUGGAAGAUACAAACACCACCUUGGAGGAGGUGGAGGAACAUUUUGGGGCGGAGGUGAGGGGCAUCGUGGAUGAAGUGACCGAUAACAAGGCGCUGCCCAAGCUGGAGCGAAAACGACUGCAGGUGGAGAACGCCUCGCAGAGCAGCCGGGGUGCCAAGCUGGUGAAGCUGGCGGAUAAGCUGUACAACCUUCGGGACCUGAACCGUAGCACCCCAAAAGGAUGGUCUGAGCAGAGGGUUCAGGAGUACUUUGAGUGGGCAGCACAAGUGGUAAAAGGCCUUCAGGGCACAAGCCCCCAAAUGGAAAGUGCACUGCAGAAACUGUUCCAAGAACGAGGAUUAUCACUGUGAACAGCAGGGUUAACUAGAAAUGUUUGAUUUAAUCCAAGAAGAGGAUUCAAAAAUCAAUUCUGACCGAUAUCGAAGCCCCCAAGGCAUAUUGGUUCCUUUCAAAGAUUACAAACAAGGAAAGACUCCACUUUUCUUCCUGCUACCUGAGCUAAACACUAAUUUGUGAAAGUUAGAAUGCCUUCUAUUCCUGUUGUAACCCAGUAAUACACUGUGAUGUUGGAGACUGAUUCUCUGGGUCUGUAAGCUUCUUUCUAAAUUGGGUUCACUGAUCAUACUGAAGACAGAAAAACACUGAUUUUUGUUUUGUUUUAUAAAUCCAAUGAAAAUAAAACAGCCUGCAGAAAUU